AUGCCUCCGCACGAAGGUCUCGUUCACCCGAAAGAAUACGAUGUCAAAGACAGCAAUGUCGAGCUGAUCGGAUCCGACCUCGACCACCGCGUCAAAUACAAUUCCGCAGCCUCCGAGCCCGCAUGGAACAAUGGAAAGAUUGGCCAGGAGUCCGGAGUCUUCGUCUGGCGCAUUGAGAACUUCGAAGUUAUCCCUUGGCCCAAGGAGAAGGUCGGCGAGUUCUACGACGGAGAUAGCUUUAUCGUGCUCCACACAUACAAGGUCGGCGACGACAAGCUAGGCCACGACAUCUUCUUCUGGCUAGGCAGCAAGACAACUCAGGACGAGGCUGGCACCGCUGCUUACAAGACAGUCGAGCUGGAUGAGUUCCUGCAUGGUGCUGCAACCCAGCAUCGUGAAGUUCAGGCACAGCCCUCCAACGAUUUCUUAGCGUUGUUCCGUCACUACGCGGUCCGGUCUGGAGGUGUUCGCUCCGGAUUCACCCACGUUGAGCCAGAGAAAGCGAAGGAAAUACUCACACUUCUGCGCAUCUUUAAGCACCCUGGCUCCACCCGGACGGGCACCAUCAUUGUACACGAAGUCGAGCCUACGUGGGAAAGCCUCGAUGAGAAAGACGUGUUUGUUUUGGAUAAGGGAGACAAGAUCUGGGUCUGGCAGGGCAAGAGCUGUAGCCCGAUGGAGAAGGCUAAGGCCGCCCAGGUGGUGAAUGAUAUGACGUUGGCGAAGCAUAUCGACGUUGAAGUUCUUUCCCAACUCGAGUCAAGAUCUCGGAUCGUUGUGGACCUGCUAGGUGGCAAGGAAGCCAAUAAAUCCAGCUUCCAAUGCGCACGACCUGGCUCUUUCGCGAAGCGAGGUGUGGAGGAGAGCAAUAGUUCUCGGACCCAAAAGCUUUUCCGGCUCAGCGACGCCUCAGGCUCAUUAUCCUUCGAUCUUGUUAAGGAUGGAGGCAGUAUUAGCAAGACCGACCUCGACGGAAACGACGUCUUCAUCUAUGACACUGGCAACCGCAUCUGGGUCUGGCAAGGCUUGGAAGCCAGCGCAGCCGAGAAGGCUAUGUGGAUGAAGGUUGCCCAGGCUUACAUUCGUCGUCUUCUGCAAGACCAAGAAGAUUCCGAGGCGUAUCUCAAUCCUAUCUCCAAGGUUGUACAGGACUAUGAGAGCCCGGCAUUUUUGAAGGCACUUGCGGCCUAG